AUGAACUCGAGCAACGACGACUCGACAUGGUCCUGGAACAACUUUGGCGAGUCGGGCUUCGAGUCCGGCUUUGUUGAUGCCGGUGCCGACGACGACUCGGCUUCUGCUCAGCUCGCACCGCCCAAGAAUGACGGUGUCCUUGUUCUCAUCGAUUGCUCGCCAUCGAUGAUGGUGCCAGUCGAGAACACCCGGCCGAAGACCGAAGACGACGACAGCGACGACGGCGAUGACGACGACCUCAACGAGCCCGAGUCCGGCUACCGCCUUGCGCUCCGCGUCGCCAAGUACGUCAUCCGCGACAAGAUGAUCUCUUCACCAUCGAGCGUCAUUGGCGUGUGUCUCUACGGCACUGCCGAGACCCGCAACUCGGCUGGAUACUCUGGCAUCUACAUGCUCAUCGACAUGGACUUUCCGGACGUCUCCAUGAUCGAAAAGCUGGAGGACGAGUUGGCCAAGGACCCUUCAGAGCCGUUUGCCUACGGCCACUGGGAGCCUCCCGCAGGAACCAACAAUCAGUUCCCGUUCGAGACAGCGCUGUGCGCUUGCAACGAGCGCUACCAAAAGGUGACUCGGACCCGCCUCGGCGGCAAGCGUAUCUGGCUCUUCACCAACAACGACAACCCAAACCCGACAGACCUUGCCCUCCGCCGCAUGGCCCAGACUCGCGCCGAAGACCUGCUCCAGCUCAACAUCGCCAUCGAGCUCUUCGCCGUCGAGCCGCCACCGGUCCUCGCCCGCACCCCGUUUGACGUUCACAAGUUCUUCCUCAAGAUCAUCGCCGUCGACGAAGACUCUGACACCGGCGUUCCCGACUUCUCUGCCAUGUCGCAGUUUUCCGAGAUGCGCUCCUACUGCCGCCGCCGCAUGCACCACAAGCGCGCCGCUGCCAUUGUGCCAUGGACCCUGUUUGACGGCGUCCAGGUCGGCGUCGAGAUCUUCAACAACAUCCAGCGUGAGAAGAAGACUCCUCAUGUAUGGCUCGAUGCAGAGACCAACGAGCCGGUUCAGUCGCACCGCUCGUGGAUCUGUGCCACCACCGGCGCCGAGCUCCAGCAGUCCCGCAUCGCCACGGAGUACCGCUUCGGCGACCGCAUGGUGCCCAUCGCCCGCGACGAGAUCAAGGCCAUCAAAGCCUCCUUUGGCGAGCCCUCACUCACACUCAUGGGAUUUAAGCCGCGGUCCGCGCUCGCAAAGCACCACAACCUCCGCACCGCGCAGUUUGUCUAUCCCCACGAGAAGAACAUCUCCGGCUCAACCCGCGCAUUUGCCGCUCUCCACGACCGCAUGAUUGCCAAAGACAAGAUCGCCAUCUGCCGCCUCAUCACCCAGGCCGGCGGCGAGCCCCGCUUUGUUGCCCUCCUCCCGCAGCCCGAGGUUCGCAAUCCCGAGACCCGCGUCAUGAUUCAAGGCCCGGGCAUGCAUCUCGUCACCCUGCCGUACGCCGACGACAUCCGUGACCUCGCCAUCUCAGGUCGUGACCUGCCGCCGCCCACAGCCCAGCAAGUCAACGCCGCAAAGGCCGUCGUCACCAGCAUCGACCUCGAGGAGUUUGACACCGACGCCUUUGCCGACCCUGCCAUCCAGCGCCACCUCACUGCGCUCGAGUCCAUGGCCCUCCAGCGCGACGACGUUGGCGAGGUCGAGGACGCCGUCAUGCCCGACGAGGAGGCCAUGGCCGACUUUGCCGAAGAGAUCAAUGGCUUUGCUGCCGCGGUCUACCCUCCGGACUACGUCCCGCCCACAAAGGCUGUUCCCAGCCGUAAGCGCAAGGCCACUUCCUCAGCCGCCGGCCCCGCCGCAAAGCGCUCCAAGCCCGCGCAGCCGCUCGACUGGCUCACGCUCGCCAACCAGGGCAAGCUGGGCAAGGCCACCGUCGCCACCCUCCGCGACUACCUCAACUCCGAGGGGAUCGCCAUUCCGGCACGCGCCAAGAAGGCGGACCUCAUUUCCCUGGUCAAGGUUCAUCUCGGCGUCGCUUGA